AUGGCGAAAUCACUAUCCUGGGACGAUUUGAAAUAUGAAAUUCAGCCGUGGAUUCGUACAGCUAUUGAUAGCUUGGGAUUCGAGACGAUGACGCCAGUUCAGGCCUCUACUAUACCCAUGUUUUCGGGAAAUAAAGAUGUAGUUGUAGAGUCGGUAACUGGAUCUGGGAAAACAGUAGCAUUUGUGAUACCAAUUCUGGAAAAGGUUAUAAAGGAGGUCUUAAGUGGAAGCGCACUUAGGAAGGCACAUUUUCAUACACUUGUCCUUUCUCCCACGAGGGAGCUAUCCAGUCAGAUACAGGAUGUGAUUGACACUUUCUUAAAGUUCUGUCCAGAGGAAACAGGUCCCAUCAAAUCCCAGCUGCUUGUGGGAACUAGUAUUUCUUCGGUUAGAGAUGACGUCAACGCAUUCAUGGAAAAGAGACCGCAGAUAUUGGUAGGUACCCCUGGCAGAGUACUUGAUUUUCUGAAGGCCGGGGCAGUCAAAAGCACAUCCUGUGGUUUACUAGUCUUAGAUGAGGCAGACAAGCUAUUGGAUAUUAAUUUUGAGAAAGACGUGGAAAGUAUUUUGCAUCUUCUUCCCAAACAAAGGCGGACCGGUCUUUUUUCAGCUACAAUAAGCAGUGCCGGCAACCAGAUCUUCAGGACUGGCAUGAGAAACCCCGUGAAAAUUGCAGUUAAAUCUAAGGUCCAAAAUCCUGAAUCCCUCAACAUUAGUUACGUUGUAUUGCAACCCGAAGACAAACUGCAAUACCUUCUUAAUAUUCUAAACCACAUUCGGUAUCGGAAGUGUAUUGUUUACUUCCCCACUUGUGUCUCGGUCACUUACUUCUAUUCUUUUAUCAAAUAUCUUUCGCAAUCGGGCGAUAUGAAGGACGAUCUAGAAACUUAUUCGCUUCAUGGUAAGUUGCAGACAAGCUCACGACUAGGUACGCUGAAAAAGUUCACAAGCACUUUCAAUAACUCAGUUCUUUUGACAACUGAUGUGGCGGCAAGGGGAAUUGACAUUCCAGAGGUCGAUUUGGUCAUUCAAUUUGAUCCACCGACUUCUUCAGAGAUGUUUCUUCACAGGUGUGGUAGGACCGGAAGGGCAAACAGGUCGGGGAAAGCAAUAGCUUUUUUAAAUGCUGGGAGGGAGGAAGAUUAUGUCAACUUUCUCCAGGUUAAACAAAUUGAGCUGAAUGAAAUGGAAGCCAACUUUCGACCAAAUGCUGAGUUUUAUAACAAAUUCAAAUUAUGGAUACUGCAAGAUAGGGCAAGGUUUGAGCACAGCAUCAAGGCCUACGUGGCAUUUAUCCGCUACUAUUCCAAACAUACUGCAUCCUCAAUAUUUAGGCUCCGUUCGCUGGACUACAUUGGAAUUGCAAGGCUUUAUGGGUUAAUACGUCUACCGCGCAUGCCCGAAAUUACCAAAAAUUUAGAAGACAGCAAAAUGCCCAUCGAUGGAUGGCUCGUUAAUCCUGCGAUUGACCUAGAUCAAUUCGCUUUCUCCAACCAACAAAUGGAGCGCGCGAGGCUUGAAAACUUGAAGAAGACGAAAGAGGUUAAUGACCAGAAAAAGCUCAAAAGCGAACUGAAGAAGAAAAAUGCUGCUUGGUCUAACAAAACGGCUGCUAAAGAGACAAAGGGGGAGAGAAAGCUGAAGCUGGCCCAGAAAAGAAAAAUCAUAGAGGACAGAAUAGCGCAAGAAGAGAAGGAAGAUGAAAGUGAGGCAGAGGACGACUGGAAGGAUAUGGUGAGACGAAAAAAGAAACAGAAGAGCUCUGCAGCAGUUCAAGGAUUGUUUUCAAAUCUUUGA